AUGAAACUGUACAUCGACUGUUGCAAGGAUCUAGAGGAGCCACCCAAUUUCAAAUUGAUAAAGAAGUUAUAUAACUUAGAGCUUUCAGAGGAUGAAGUCAUUGUGUCUGAUUGUGAUUUGCAAGACUUAUCGGCAACACCAUUACUGAAUGCCCUGAAUGCGCACAAGACAGUUGCUGCAUUAAAUAUUUCCCACAAUUUGUUAGGCAAUGGAACAAUGGAGAAACUUCAACAGCUAUUUACUUCGGUGGGUCAAACUUAUGGUGGUUUGCUUUUGGAUUUGCACUGCAACCACUUUGGGCCAACUGCUUUAUUUCAGGCUGUUGCUUACAUAGACAAGGCCAAGACCUUGUUAAUUGAGAUACUUGAAAUAAAAGUCUUUCAGAUGGGCGUCCCAUGA